AUGUCUACGGGCGUCGGUACGACUAUGGUCAACCAAGCUCCUAUCAGGAGGCCCCCGACAGUCCCAGGUCGCAACAGAGACAGACACAAAAGUCUCCCGGUGACGCCCCCUCCCCCUCCUCUGCGCUUGCCCUCCAUGCCUCCGAUAUCUCGUCAUAAGAAUAUUACCUUUGGCAAGCUUGCUGGUCUACGUCGAUCCGCCAGGCCAGCGGCGGCCCUCGCCAACGCGAAUAUCAUGACCCAUACGACAGACGAAUUCGUUGACCAUCAGGACCGCACUAUUCUCCCGUCGAUAGAGUUCACUCCGUCUAGGGACAGAAACACAGAAGUGCCCGACUCCGAGGCUGACGACGAUCGCGAGUCCAGCGUAUCGGAUGAUUCACUGAUUGUCCUGCCGCCUACGGAGACCGAUAAGCUACUCAAUUGGCCCUCCAAUAAUCAGUCGAGUUCUUCGUCGACCUCUAAUGAUCAAUCGAGUUCUUCCUCGAAGCCCGCUGGUGUAAAGCCAGUCGCUGCCGUUUCCACAAGUAGUACGAAAAGAAAGAGCCCCAAGUCCAAGUCUUCCUCCAAGAGGCGUCCGUCCAGUUCAAAAAAGAAGAAGAAGGUGACGAUGAAAACGAAUGCUUCAAGCAAGGCACAGACUGGUCCCGCAGUAAAUACAGGCACAGAGCCUGGUGCCGCAACUGCCAGCCCACCAGCCUCAGGACAGACCGAAGAGCAACGUCGGGCAAACCAGAGCAGCGAAGAAUUGACCAAGCGUGCCUUGGCCUACAAAGAGUGCAAUGCGCGCGCAUUACACGCCCGAAACGUCGCGAAGACCGACGUCGAACUUUCCAAGGCCAUGGUGCAGGACUUGGACAACGCCGCGGGUGCCAAGGUGGGAUACGACGAGAAGCUCAGGCUCUGGAACAACUCGGCGGUCGAAGCAUGUGACACGAGGGAGUUUCGACGCAACUUGAACGAGUUUCUCGCCAAGAACGCCGAUUUUCUCGACAAAUAUGGCAGAUACAACCUGUUACGGGACAAGGAACAGAUGCAGUGGGACCAGGAAAUGAAGCAACGACUUGUCCCAGCAAAGGCAUUGGGAUGCUUGUCCAUGACAUUCGAGAACAUGAAUCAAGCCUUGGAUCAGAACAUCGCCCUCUUGGAUGUGGUGCAGCUCGAGUACCGAGCUCCUGAUCUCGAAACCUUGGCGGAGAUACCUACCCGGCAGACGAUGGCCAAGAUGAAAUUGGCCGAGGCCGAGGACCGGCUAGUUGCUGCGCAAGAAUGGCUUGACGGUAUGGUAUGGCGAGUUGACGAGUUCUAUCCAAAGUGGUUCUGGCAGUGGAAAGAGUCCGCGCCGGCAAAUGUAAAAGAGACACUAUGA